AUGGUGUUUGGUUUUGAUAGUUGUCUAGUUGAGCAACUUUUAUUUCAAAGCAAUUUCAGUUGUAUUAAUCACUCCUACUCUACUNUGGCGGCGGCAUUCGCAGCGGUGAGACCCUCCCCAGCUUUGCUCCGAAGUGGACAAAGGCCCAGCGGGCUUUCGUUGAGGUGGGCUUUAGUAUCUCGGUGCUCGUCAUCAUCUUCAUCGGAACCUUGUGGAAGAAAAUUGGUUCUAUACUCAAAGCCCGGAUGCUGUUUGUGUGAAGGUCUGAAAGAGAAGCUGCAAGCUGCGUUCUUGCUCUCUGGCCCUGAUUCCCUUCACGAUGUUCAGCUCCAGAUAAGGGAUAUAACUACCAAUCCCCAAUGGGAAAGAGCUUAUCAAUACGAGAUACCUGUCUUGGCUAAAGUACUCUCUGAUGGCACCGAGGAAACGCUCCCGCGAUUGUCUCCGCGUCUAGGAGUGGAACUUGUCCAGAAGAAGAUAGCCGCUGCUAUGAGAGAAUGAGAGAUUACCCUUGAGGUUGAGGUGUUCUCAAUUAAUAUUAGUUUAUUUAUGACUUGCACUAAUCUCUCAGUUAACACCAACUUAUUUUUCUAAAAUGACAAAAGAAAUAUAUUUUCAGAGCUCAACUAAUAUUUGUGAAGUAUUAUACAUCGAUCCGAGUAAAUCACAUGAAAACCAACCACUUUUGAUGAUAUGAAAAAGAAUAUCACACAAUUAUGGAAACCUUUUUUGGCGUGAGUUUGGAAUGUAGGGUGAAUAAAAGUCCUUAUUAUUGUGAAGGAAAUUAAAACUAAGACAGUUUUGUGUUAUUUUUUAAAUUAGAAAAAAGAAUUAUGUAAUCUUGACAAAUCUAAGACAAAGUAUGCUGAAUUGCUGAUA